AUCUGACAGAUCUUUUUAAAAAGUUUUUGUCUUGACAUGAGUUUACGUUUAAUUGACAAUGUCACCACUUCUUCUUAUAGUGAUGCUCCUCUGUUCUCGUCUUCUAAGGAACAAAAACAAAUGGGUGCGCAAAUUAUAUACUGUGAUGGCUUCGAGGUGGUUCCUCCUCCCCCGGAGAUGAACGACCUAAUACUCAUCGGAAGCGACCAAUCCGGCGGCGGCGGCUCAAACUGCGGCGAAUCGACCGUAACCACCGAAGAAGAAGGUACUGUUUUCUCCGGCGAUAGUUCACCGGGAUGGCGUGAAACCAAGCUUUUCUCUUUCUACUUCGUCAAGCAACCGGCUUACGAUGAUCUCGACAUCAAAUCCAAAAUCAGUAAAGCUGAUUCAGAGAUUUAUCACUGGAAUAAACGGAGAAUUGAUGUCUACAGUGCUCAGAAAUACCAAAGGGCUGAGUUGUCGUCUUUGUAUGCUCAAAUGGAGAGUUUGGUUGCUAGAUCGCAAGGACGUAAAGUGGUUUUGGAAGAUAAGAAGAUGGAGUUUGAUUCUCUGCAGGAAGGUCUACGGUGCUCUAGCAGUGAUGAACUUGACCAUCUUAUCUUCACAGCACAUUACGUGGUUGAACAUGGAAGUGUGAAGGAAGAAGAUUGGAUGCUUCAAGAGACCGAGAAGCCUGGUGGGAUGACUCUAAGUGAUGACUCUCUUGCGCAGAAAGAAGCUUCCAUACACAGUCUCAAGUUAAUGGCUGUGGAAAUGAAUGAAGUAAAGAAGGAGCUUGAAGCUAUUGCAUGGAACAUUCAGCAGUUGAGUGACAAAAUAGGACAGAUUCAGAACAAGGUCAUGGUUCUUGAUGCAGAAAUGUCAUACAUACUUGAGCAGAGAGACAAAUCAUAUGAAAAGAUUAAGAUGCUGAGGAUACAGCGAGACAAAGGGAACGCUGCGUUUUACCACAGCAUUGCUGUUAUGAAGAGAGCCAAAGAACUGGCUGCUUCUGGAAACGUUAGAGACCUUGAAGUGUACUCUAGCUCUGAGGUUGAUAGGUUCAUGGCUCGUUGGAACAAUGACAAGGCUUAUAGAGAGGACUACGUGAAAAGAAUCUCGCAUUCACUCUGUGAAAGACAGCUGAGCCGAGAUGGGAGGAUUAGAGAUCCUGAAAGUGAAGCUCAGGCUGUUCGGGAGAAGCUGCUUAAGACUAGAAAGGAAGGUAUGGCGGUUCACAAGAUGAACAGAGAAGACUCCAGCUCAAACUCGUCUCAAGAUGGGAAUGUAAUCACUGAAAAGCAAAAGAAAGAAGUGAGGAAGAAGGCGAUGGAUUUCAGCAGGUCAAGUGCUGAGGAGAGUGAUGUUAUAGACUUGGAGUUCCCGGUGUAUGAGAAUCCGAAAAAAGAAGGAGAGGUUGAUGAAGAAACGUUGAAGGAAAGGAAACGUGAAGAGCAGCUAGAGAAAGCUCAGUUAGCUAUGGAAAGGAAGAGGAAGCUACAAGAGAAAGCAACUGCUAAAGCUGCUAUAAGAGCUCAAAAGGAAGCUGAAAAGAAACUCAAGGAGUGUGAGAAGAAAGCGAAGAAGAAAGCUGCAUCAAACUCUUCUCUUGUCAAAUCACAAGAAGCAAUCAAUGAGCUUGAAAAGGUGAGUACUAUAGCAGUCUCAGGGAAAGAGAAGCAGAGAUCAAUGUUUCCAAAGAGGAGUUUCAGGUACAAACACCGUGCAAGAGGAACCGAAGCUCUUCCUAAAGCUAUCCUAAACCGUAGAAAGGCUCAGAGGUAUUGGGUUUGGGGACUCUCCUCUGCUGCACUUGCUCUAGUGCUCUUCCUUGUGUUUUUACUAUUACGGUGAAAAUGAGGAAGGAAAGAGACGGUAAAAAAAAAGGUUUUUUGACUUUACCUAAUUGGAGAAAGAGAGGCAUAGUCAGUGAAGGAGAAGCUGAUUCAGGACUUCCAAAUUUAUCUUAUAGUUCUUUGGAGUUCUUCAUAACCUUAGAUGUUAGUUAAAUAUGUUUCUGUUUGUUUAGAGAGCUAUCUGAAAAAAAAAACAACAACAUAAUUUUCAGUAGGAGCAUGUGAGAGUCCAUGGAGACCUCCAGCUGUCUUUUAAAUGAAUGGUUGUGGACUGAAUCCACUUUAUAGUCUCACUAUU